AUGGGGCUUCGGCAGGGAUGCCCGCUAUUCCUGUACCUGUUCAUCAUCUGUUCUGAUGUCUUGUCUCGGUCAUUGCGGGCUGCGUGCACCGUCAGAGAGCUGGAGGCUUAUGUCCCAGCCCUAGGGGCCCAGCCGAUAUCACAUUUACUCUUUGCCGAUGACUGCCUCCUCCUGACGCGUGCCCGCAUAGCGGAUGCUCAGGCUAUCAGGCAGGUUUUGGCCACCUACUGCCAUCCAUCUGGUCAGAGAGUGAAUGCCCAGAAAUCCACCAUCUCCUUCAGCCCGAGUACGCCACCCGGGAUUCGACGGGGGGUUCGGAGGAUUCUGGAGAUGCCCGAGCAGGAUGGGACCUGGACCUAUCUGGGUGUUUCGAUCACAGGUAGGAGACUGCGUGUAUCCGAGUGCACCGGGAUGGUGCAACGGGUCCAGAGUAGGCUAGAGGGUUGGAGGGCAGUGUCUCUAUCUAUGAUGGGUAGAGUAACGCUGAUUAGAUCUGUACUGGGCUCUAUGCCCAUUUAUCUCAUGGCAAACAAGGUGGUACCAAGAUCAGUCCUUCUGAAGAUCGAGCGACUUCUUCGGGGCUUCCUAUGGGGCUCGCUUGGCGGGGGCCGUGGGGUGCACCUGGUGGCAUGGGAGAGUGUCUGCCUUCCUCUUAGGGAAGGUGGUUUAGGGGUGUUGUCUCUCCUGGAGAAACGAGAGCUGCUCCUCACCCGGCAUGCCUCCCGCUUCAUCCUGGAGCCGCAGGGGUUUUGGAGCCGGAUCAUGAUUGCACGCUAUGGGAGGGCAGGCCUGAAGGGCUGGGCCCGAGGAGGGUGGAGUUGUUCCUUUCUAUGGCGUGAGAUAGCGAGGUAUGUGCCCAUGGUAUCGGAUCAUACCCGAUGGUUGAUAGGCGACGGGCGCAGUAUCGAUGUGACCGGUGACCCAUGGGUUGAUGUCCUUCCCCUGCGCCUUUGGCCAACUACAGUUAGUGUCGAUGCUAAAGAGGGUCUACAUGUCUGUGAUCUCAUGUCCCCCGAGGAGGCCGACUGGGAUGAGAUUCGAUUGGCCCGCUUCUUCGGGGAGCAUCUGGCGGAGAGGGUUCGUUCUCUCUCCCUACCUCGGAGUGGUGGACCAGAUGUACAAGUGUGGAGCUCCUCGACCAGUCCUAGAGUCCGGAUGUGCUGA